CUUUACCUUACCCCAGGUCUCGUCGUCCAUACCAUUUACCUUUCGAGAAGUCCGCCAUUCAUCACUGUACGCUGUAUCCUGUUUUCUUAUAUUUAAGCAUCGAAGCGUCGCGACGUCACCCUGAAUGCCACAUCAGCUCGCCGGUUCCAGGUUCAGAAUACGCUCGAAGCCACGAAUCGUCCUUUGUUAUGGAAAACCCACAGACCGACCCCAAUAUGUCGUCGAGGCAGGAUGGCUUUAGCAGUGACAACAAACUUGCUACCAACAAGGCAAUGGCCUCCAGUGUCACCGACAAUCCUCGUGCAAUAAAACUAGAACACAACAGUUACACAGUCGGGUGGGUAUGUGCGCUGCCAAAGGAGCAGACGGCUGCGACAGCAAUGCUAGAUAAAAUCCAUCCACAACUACCAAAACCACCAAGCGACCCUAAUACUUACACCCUGGGGUGCAUCGGGAGGCACAACAUCGUUAUAGCCUGCUUACCGAAAGGCCAGUACGGCACGAAUUCAGCAUCAGCGGUUGCAACUCGAAUGGUAGGCACUUUCCCAUCCAUUAAGGUUGGCCUUCUGGUUGGUAUCGGCGGUGGCAUUCCACCAAAGGUCAGACUCGGGGACGUCGUGGUCGGUACGCCCGUUGAUCAGUGUUCAGGGGUGGUCCAGUGGGAUUUGGGCAAGGCAGAAGCAGAGGGUGGCUUCAAAAGAACCGGCGUACUAAAUAACCCCCCGACGGCACUGCUGACGGCAUUGACGAAGCUAGAAACGAUGCAUGAGAUGGGCGGACCCAAGAUACGUCAGUAUUUGGAUGAUAUGGAGCAGAAAUGGCCUAGAUUGAUGCCAAAGUAUACCAGAUGUGAUUCUCUUGUGGAUCCUUUGUCUGGUUCUGACAAUUGUGCUAGAGAAAGCCAACACGGAGAAGGACAUGUGCACUACGGUUUAAUAGCGUCCGGUAACCAGGUUAUCAAGGACGCUCAUUUCCGUGAUAAUCUAAACAAGAGCCUCGGCAGGAAUGUGUUGUGUAUUGAAAUGGAAGCAGCUGGGUUGAUGAACAACUUUCCUUGUGUUGUGAUCCGGGGCAUUUGUGAUUAUGCGGACUCAAAAAAGACUAAAUCUUGGCAAGAGUAUGCUGCAGCUGUUGCAGCGGCGUAUGCAAAGGAGCUUCUGGAGUAUGUCCAGCCAAGUGAUGUUGAUGGGGAGCGCCCAGUGAAAGACAUGCUUGGCGACGUCUUGAAGUGUGUAUCGAGAACCGAGACUAACGUUGAAACAAUGAAGUCGAACUUCGACAGAAAAGGAGAACUUGAUAUCCUUGAAUGGCUUACACCGAUCGACUACGGUCCUCAACACAGUGACAUCUUAAAGAGACGACAGUCAGGGACUGCGCAGUGGUUCUUAGACUCUGCAAUAUACCAGGCAUGGAUAAGCUCAAACAAGCAGACAUUAUUCUGUCCCGGUAUUCCCGGCGCAGGAAAAACAAUAUUGACGGCAACGGUCAUUGAUGACAUUACUGCCCGAUUCCUACAUGACAAAUCCGUUGGAAUUGCGUAUGUUUACUGUGACUUCCGCCGGCAAAACGAGCAAAGUGCGGAAGCCUUAAUAACAAGUCUCCUAAAGCAAUUAAGUCAAUGUCGGCCUUCCCUCCCAGGCAUUGUGCGCAGCCUCUAUGACCGGCAUAGACAUAGACGGACCCGACCAGAACUGGACGAAAUUUCAACGACACUCCGAUCUGUGGGUGCUAUGUACUCGAGAGUCUUUAUUAUAAUUGAUGCGCUCGAUGAAUGUCAGACAUCUAAUGACUGUCGAACGAGGCUUAUCAAGGAAAUUCUGAACUUCCAGGCAACUUGCGGUGGAAAUACUUUUGCCACUUCAAGAUUCAUUCCACAGAUCACUGAGAGAUUCAAUGACUGCAUGACACUGGAAAUCCGUGCUCAUGAUCAAGAUGUUCGGGAAUAUUUAAGAAGUAGGAUAUUGCAAUGUGAAUCGAGGCUGUUGGCCUCCCACAGUGAAGAGAUUCAAACUGAAAUCACGAAAGCUGUCGAUGGAAUCUUCACUUCGACGCGGUGAAAUCGAAAAAAACUACGAAAAGAGUAAAAGAGGCUCUGAGGGGCCUUGCAAAGGGGUCUGAAGCAUACAAUGAUGCAUACGAAGAUGUGAUGCAGCGAAUUGAAGGGCAGGACAGGGAUUCCCGGA